AUGGCUUCUGACAAAGGUUGUUCAGCUGGUGAUCCCACCUUGAGGAGAAGAAUCGAACCCUGGGAAUUUGAAGCCAUCUUUGACCCCAGAGAGCUCCGUAAAGAGGCCUGCCUGCUCUAUGAAAUCAAAUGGGGCACGUGUCCCAAGAUCUGGCGACACUCAGGCAAAAACACCACCAAGCACGUUGAAGUCAAUUUUAUAGAAAAAAUUACUUCAGAAAGACAAUUUUGCUCCUCCACCAGCUGCUCCAUCAUCUGGUUCUUAUCCUGGAGUCCCUGCUGGGAAUGCUCCAAGGCCAUUACAGAAUUUUUGCGUCAACAACCUGGUGUGACUUUAGUUAUUUAUGCAGCCCGGCUUUUUCACCACAAGGAUGAACAAAACCGACAAGGACUCAGGGACCUCAUUAAGAGUGGUGUGACUAUCCAGAUCAUGACAACCCCAGAGUAUGAUUAUUGCUGGAGGAAUUUUGUCAACUACCCACCUGGGAAAGACACUCACUGCCCAAUAUAUCCCCCUCUGUGGAUGAAGCUAUAUGCACUGGAACUCCACUGCAUAAUUUUAAGACUUCCUCCCUGUUUAAUGAUUUCAAGAAGAUGUCAGAAACAGCUUACAAGUUACAGGCUUAAUCUUCAAAUGUGCCACUACCAAAAUAUUCCACACCAUAUCCUUUUAGCUACAGCAUGGAUAUAA